GGCUAAAAAACACUUUUGGCCCCUGAUGUUUCAAGUUUGUGCAAAUUCUGCCCCUACUCUAUUUUUGUCGAUGUUUCUACCCCUCAUGUUUUCAAACAGUGCAUCGUCUACCCCUCCAUCAAUCAAACAUUAAAAAACUAACGGAAUGAGCUGAUGUGACUUUUUUUUAUAUAUUUUUUGGAACUGCCACGUGGAAAUUACAAGUGAAAUUGGAAAAAAGAGGCAAGGGAGAUUCAAACUCAAGACCUGUAAAUAGCAAAACAUGCAUUUAACCAGUUCAAUUACAUGCAUAAUUGAUAUAAACAUCAAGCAAAUUUAAUUUAUAUCAUUUCCUUGAUCAUCAUCAACUUCAUAUACUCUUCUUCAUCUCUCCAAUCCACUCAGGAACCUCUCCUGAGAAAGCCUGACUGACGGAGGGGUAUACAGUGCACUGUUUGAAAACGUCAGGGGUAGAAACAUUGACAAAAAUAGAGUAGGGGCAUAAUUUGCACAAACUUAAAACAUCAGGGGCAAAAAAUGUUUUUUAGCCUAAAAAAUAUGAAGUCCAACACCCAAAGUAUUCUCUCGAGCAUUCAACUCAUUCAAUAAAAGAAAUUUGUAUCGUUAGUAAUUCAAUAUUUAAAAGUGUGUUAUUGUUGUAUUUUAACUUAUAUAUGCAGGUUGAGACUCCGUAGGGCAGGGAGAGUGAUCCUCAUCUUCAUCCCCAAAUUCUUAUCGAGAAAAUUUUCACCCCUAUCCCCAUCCCAACGGGGAAAAAUUCCACAAAGUAAAGGCCCAAACGAGGUAGUCCCCACAAAGAUCCCCAUCUUCAAGUUGAAAUUACCAUAAAAGACAAGUCAUAAUUCUAAUUCCACGAGCCAUUUAAGCAAAACGGUAAUAACUAAAAUGAUAUUUCCAGAAAUUAAAAAUUAAGAAAUUAUUUUCAGGGACUAAAACAACACUUUCUAUAUUCGAAGGACCAAAAAAAUAUUUAAGCCUAUCCUUUAUUGCUCCGGGGGCGGUAACCACCACGAAACAAAACAAACAGACACAGUACUAUGGCAGUGUCACCUUCCAUUCUCCACUUUCCUCCCAGCUCCGACCCUCCCUACAAACUCAUCGAAGACCACCCUUUCAUGAACCUCCUCACCAAAUGCAACAACAUCCACACCCUCAAGCAAAUCCACACUCUCUUCAUCAAAACCGGUCUCCAUAACACCGUCUUCGCCCAAAGCAAACUCAUCCACUUCUGCGCCGUUUCACCCUCCGGCGACCUCUCCUACGCCGUCUCCGUCGCCGGAAAACAGCAACCGCCUCUCAACCACUUCAUCUGGAAUACUCUCAUUCGCGGCCACGCUCUCAGCUCCUUCCCUAUCUCAUCUCUGCAUUUCUACAUUCGCAUGCUCUGCUAUGGUCUACAACCCAAUUCUCAUACUUUUCCUUUUCUAUUCAAGUCUUGUGUUGAUUCCAGGGCUGCCCAUGAAGGGAAACAGCUCCAUGCGCAUGCUAUCAAGCUUGCUCUUCACUCUCAUCCGCAUGUGCAUACUUCUAUUAUUCAUAUGUAUGCUUCUGUAGGUGAAUUGGAACUUGCACGGUUGGUGUUUGAUAAAAGUUCUCUGAGAGAUGCUGUGUCUUUUACGGUUCUUGUAACUGGGUAUGUCUCAAUGGGUUAUGUGGAUGAUGCUCGGGGACUUUUUGAUGAAAUUCCUGACAAAGAUGUGGUGUCCUGGAAUGCCAUGAUUGCUGGGUAUGUUCAGAGUGGUCGCUUUCAAGAAGCAUUGGAUUGCUUUCGCCAAAUGCAGGAGGAGGAAAACAUCUCGCCCAAUGAAGGUACAAUGGUGAGUCUGCUCUCUGCUUGUGGUAAUUUAGGAUUGCUUGAAUUCGGUAACUGGAUCAGUUCUUGGAUAAGAGAACACCGGCAUGGUUCCAAUCUUCAGCUUAGCAAUGCACUCAUUGAUAUGUAUGCUAAGUGUGGUGAAAUUGACGCGGCUCGUGAAUUGUUUGAUGGAAUAGAGUUGGAGGAAAAAGAUGUGAUUUCGUGGAAUACUAUGAUUGGUGGUUAUUCUUGCUUGGGUUUCUACCAGGAAGCAUUGGCGCUCUUUGAGCUCAUGCUCAGAUCAAACGUGAGGCCUAACGAUGUGACCUUCUUGGGAAUUCUUCCGGCUUGCGCUUCCCUUGGUGCUCUUGACCUUGGCAAGUGGGUUCAUGCCUACAUAGAUAAAAAUUUGAAGAGCACGAGCAGUGCUUCUCUUUGGACAAGUCUCAUCGACAUGUAUGCAAAGUGUGGCUGUAUUGAGGCGGCGGAACAAGUGUUUAGGAGUAUGCAUUGUAGAAGUUUGGCUUCAUGGAAUGCGAUGAUAUCAGGAUUGGCUAUGCAUGGACAUGCAGAGAGGGCUCUGGGGCUUUUCUCAGAAAUGGCAAAGGAGGGGUUUCAGCCUGAUGAGAUAACAUUUGUUGGGGUAUUAUCUGCUUGUACACAAGCUGGUUUGGUAGAUCUUGGAGACCAGUAUUUCAAGUCAAUGAUUCAAGAUUACAGAAUUUCUCCAAAAUUGCAACACUAUGGUUGCAUGAUCGAUCUCCUGGCUAGAGCUGGGAAAUUCGAUGAAGCCAAGAUUCUAAUGAGAAAUAUGGAAAUGGAGCCUGAUGGAGCUAUUUGGGGUUCUCUGCUCAGUGCUUGUAGGGAUCAUGGAGAUGUUGAGUUGGGUGAAUAUGUUGCAGAACGCCUAUUUCAGUUAGAGCCGGAAAAUCCUGGGGCAUUCGUGCUAUUGUCAAACAUAUAUGCAAGAGCUGGAAGAUGGGAUGAUGCAGCAAGGAUAAGAACCAAGUUAAAUGACAAAGGAAUGAAGAAAGUUCCUGGUUGCACCUCUAUAGAGAUUGAUGGUGUUGUUCAUGAGUUCCUUGUUGGAGAUAAGCUCCACCCUCAGAGUAAAAAUAUUUAUACAAUGUUGAAUGAGGUGGAUAGGCUUUUGAAGGAGAAUGGGUUUGUGCCUGAUACUUCUGAGGUACUUUAUGACAUGGAUGAAGAGUGGAAGGAAGGGGCUUUGAGUCAACACAGUGAGAAGUUGGCUAUUGCUUUCGGUUUGAUAAGCUCAGAGCCGGGGACUAAGAUUAGGAUUGUAAAGAAUCUUCGUGUUUGUGGAAACUGCCAUUCAGCUACCAAGCUAUUAUCCAAGAUCUUCAAUAGGGAAAUAAUUGCCAGAGAUAGAAACCGUUUUCACCAUUUUAAAGAUGGGGUUUGCUCAUGUAACGACUGCUGGUGA